AUGGAGGAACGAAUGAGCGAGGUUAAGCUGGACGACAAAGGGUUGGUACCCGCCAUCGCGCAGGACAUCAACACGGGCCAGGUGUUGAUGCUGGGCUACAUGAACCCAGGCUCGCUCAAGCGGACGGUGGAAGGCACCCAGGUGUGGUUUUACAGCCGCAGCCAGGAAGACCUGUGGCACAAGGGCGAGGUGUCCGGGAACUACCUCAACCUACGCGAGUGGUACGUCGAUUGCGACGCGGACACCAUCCUGCUCAAGGUGGACCCGGACGGCCCCGCGUGUCACACGGGCGAAGUGUCGUGUUUCUACACCAGGAUGGAUGACCUGCCUGACGAGUACACGAACACCGAGGGUGGCCCCCGGGUGCUGGACGAGCUAUUCGCGGUUAUCAAGGACCGGCAGAGGGAAAUGCCCGAGGGCAGUUACACCGCCAAGCUGCUGUCUGAGGGCCCCAGCCGGGUGGGCCAGAAGGUGAUCGAAGAAGCCGGCGAGGCCGCGCUUGCGGCGGCGACGGGCGAAACGGACAACCUGCCGGCAGAGAUUGCCGACCUGCUGUACCACACGCUGACGCUGAUGGCUUCCGUUGGCGUUUCGCCGAACGCGGUUUGGGAGGAGUUGCGGGCCCGGCGAGGCUAG